UUCCCCUCAGGGAUGGGACUUGAGAGGGAAGCAAAAGGGAGCCCGGCCCGCCGCUACCUGCCUCGGCGCUGGAAAGGAGACCGCCGCCUUUUAGGCAUUCAUGAGUCCCUGAGCACAGGCCCCACCCCUGACGCGGCCGGAGAGACCGUGAGAAGGGGUGCAUUUGCAUAUUCAUGAGGUGCAUUUGCAUACGCGGGUGACGCCAGAGGCCUACGCAAAGGGCGGGGCGCGCAGAGCGUGCCGGAGUCAGCGCGCUCGUCGUUGGCGGGCCGCUCCGCGCGGGGGCCGCUGGGAGCGCGAGGAUGGUGGCCGGCGCCUUCCCCAUCGCCAAGUUGCUCUACCUGGGCGUCCGGCAGCUCUCGAAGCCCCUGGCGGCGCGCAUCAAGGACGGAGCGCGCGCCAGCCCCUUCUUCCGCCAGUAUAUCUGUGGUCCCCCCGCACAGCUCUACCACUGGGUGGAGAUGCGGGCCAAGAUGCGGAUCAUGGGCUUCCGGGGCUCUGCCAUCAAGCCGCUGAACGAGGAGGCAGCUGCGGAACUGGGGGCCGAACUGCUGGGCGAGGCCAUCGUCUUUGGGGUGGGGGGCCUGUGCAUCUUCCUGGAAUACUCCCGCCAGAGCAGCAACACCAAGAAGAAGGAGGAGGAGCUGAGCAGCACCUUGCUGGGCCUGCAGGAGCAGGUGACGGAGCUCAGCUUGACUCUGGAGACCUUGGACGCCCGGCUGCGGGAGAUGAACCGGGUGCUGGUGGAGGUCUCCACCGCCCCCAAGAAGUAGCCGCCCGCCACCCUUCAGGACAGCCCGGGUGGGGCGCUCCUUGGGCCACCUCCAGGAUCCGGAUCCAGGCCGGCCCGGGGUAGGGGGAGCGGUCGGCAGUCCUUCUUCACACCAGGAUUUGGGGUGCUGAGCUGCGCACCCCAACCAAGUGGUUAGGCGUUUUCCUAGAAUGUAAAUAUUGGAUCAAU